CGAGGUUGAAGAGGACAUCGUCGAGGAGGGCGGUCUGUCAGAGCCACUGAAAGAGUGCCGGUCCAAGGCCGCCAGGGACCGAGCCCCGCCCAGUGACGCCGACACGCGGACGGGCGAAGUUCCAUCGACUGAGGCGGUGAUGCGAGCGGACGGGGCGACCGAGUCGCGUCAUCCGCCGCCGUCUUCAUUGACCUUCACCGAGCUCCACACGGCGCUUGGCGAGGCGCAUGUGGCGGAGAUUAAGCGGCUGACCGCGCUUGUGGAGGAGGCGGCGCAGAAGAACCGGAAGCUGAUUGCCCUGGGCACAGAGGCGCAGGCAAAGGCUCUUGCCGAGGCUCGGGAAGGGUUCGUCAAGGAGUCCUUCUACCGUGAAGCCGAGUUCCGGGCGCAGCAGGCCGAAGAGGCCCGGAAAAGGGCAAAAGCGGAGGUGGCGGAAUUGACGAAGGUCCUGGAGCAGAAGGGCCGGGAGCUGGAGGACGUCAUCGCCGAAUACAAGCCGUGGCCGUCCGACUGCGAUCAACGCUCCGACUCGCCCAACGCCGGCUCGCCUAAACGCGAGCUCGCCCAGCCCGGACUUGCCAGGGUGGACCCGUCGUCGCGCACUCGCCUGCCGCCUACUCGCCAGGCUCAGGGCCUCGUUCGCCGUGGACUCGUCGCCACCGGCUCGUCAUGCCUGGCGACUCGCCUUCGCGGAAUCGCUGCGCUCGGCGACUCGCCCACCACGUCGACUCUACCAGCGUUUAACAGCUAA